AUGGCGGCGCUCUUCUCUCCGCCCGACGGGGACCACCCCGCGCCGCACCCAGUCUUCCUCGUCGACGCCUUUGGCCGGCUCUCCCCCGCCGCAGGGCUCUCCCCUGUCACGGUUUACGAGCCGGGCGGGCUGGCGGGUCCCACCGAGGGCGCGGGCCCGCUGCAAACGGGAGCGGACGACCUCGUGUACGUCAUGUACACGUCGGGAACGACGGGGAAGCCCAAGGGCGUCAUGGUGGAGCACGGGCCUCUGCUCAUGCGCACCGCCUGGUUCCAGUCCACCUACCGGAUCGGAGUCGGCGACCAGGUCCCGUUCAAGACGCAGUUCAUCUUUGGCGUCUCCGAGUGGGAGCUCUGGUGGACCCUCGCGACGGGGGCGACCCUCGCCAUCACGCCGCCGCCCGUCGUGCGCUCGCCCUCCCUCUUCGCAGACGCCCUCGUCUCCACCGGCAUGCUCGCCCCCCUCCGCUCAUCCCGUCUCAGCGCUGGCAUGCGCCCCUCCGUUCGCCUCGGCCGCCGCCUCAAACUGCGCUCGGUUGUCUGCUGCGGCGAGGCGCUGUCCGCGGCCACUGUGGGCCGCUUCCACGAGGCGCUGCGCGGGAAGGCGACGAUCGACAACGUGUACGGCCCGACCGAGGGGUCGAUGACGCACUACCGCUGCCCGCACGGGGUGGCGUCGGAGCCGCUCAUCGGAAGGCCCAUCUCAAACACCGUCGUCCUCGUCAUGGACGCGGAGCUGCGGCCGGCGCCGCUCGGCGUGCCGGGCGAGGUUGUGUUUGGCUGCUGCGUCGCUCGCGGUUACCUCAGGCGGGACGACCUCACUUCGGCGAGGUUUGUCGCCAACCCGCUCUGGUCCGAGGCGGAGGCGCGCAAGCAGCCCCUCUACCCGUGCCUUCAGUCCGAUGGCGCGGUGCCUCCCUGCCCGCUCCUGUACCGAACGGGCGACCUCGCCGUGAGGAGCGGGGGCGGCGACCUUCGCUUCCUCGGUCGGAUGGACCGGCAGGUGAAGGUGCGCGGCCACCGCAUCGAGCUGGAGGCGGUCGAGGCCGUGCUGCGCGACUAUCGCGACGAAGCCACCGCGGCGCCGCUCUCGCAGCUGGCGGUCGUGGCGAGCGGCGACGAGCUCCUCGCGUUUGUGCGACUCCCUCCGGGCGAUGCUCCCCCGGCCGGCGUGCUGUCCUUUUGCGAGGCGAGGCUACCUCGCUACAUGGUGCCGUCGCGCCUUAUCGCGCUUCCAGCCUUCCCCGCGCUGCCAAACGGCAAGACCGAC